AUGCGGCCGCCGGUCAUGGAGCUAGAAAAGGAAGCGGAGCCCGAUCUACCUUCCACCUUUACUGUAACAAAACUGUUGACGAAUAUUUCAACAGAAAAUCUAGAGAAUGCAAUUCCAGCGAUAGAGAAAAAGCCAUUGGCUGGAUUCAUAGCCACCAUGACACCUGAUAAGAGGCAGCUUGUAGAAAUUUUGUACCAGGACAUCAUAAGACCAUCGGGAGUGCGCUGGGAUGACGUCAGAGGCUUAGAGGCAGCCAAGAGUAUACUCAUGGAAUCGGUUGUGUAUCCAGUAAGACAUCCAGAAUUGUUCACGGGUCUACUGGAACCGUGGCGCGGUGUACUCCUCCACGGGCCGCCGGGUACUGGCAAGACGAUGCUGGCGCGAGCGGUCGCCAGCGAGAGCCGCUGCACCUUCUUCAACGUGCCCUGCAGCACCCUCAUCAACAAGUGGAGAGGCGAGUCGGAGAAGAUUGUAAAGGUUCUUUUCGAAAUGGCCUUCUACUACUCCCCAUCGAUAAUCUUUAUAGACGAAGUGGAGACCAUAGCAUCGGAGCGAUCUUCGGUUGGAGAGCACGAAGCUUCCAGAAGGCUGAAGUCACAACUCCUGACAGAGCUGGAUGGAGUACGAGAGAGAGAAGGACUGGUGUUUUUACUUGCUAACUCCAAUAUGCCUUGGGAAAUCGACACAGCUAUGUUAAGAAGACUAGAGAAAAGGAUCUAUAUACCACUACCAGACUUGAAAGCGCGCGCGCAACUAUUCGAAACCUACUUGAACGUUCGUACUAUAGAAUUAUAUCCGAAGGUCGAUUUCGAACUAUUAGCAGCUAAAACCGAAGGAUACUCCGGCAGUGACGUGAAACUAGCGUGUAAAGAAACACUGAUGAUGAACGUGAGGAAGAUGCUGCCCAACAUGCUCAACAGGAGUCAGUCCGGUCGCAAAGACCGCCUGGACUUGUCGGACAUAAUGGCAGCUAUAGAGAGGACCAAGCCCGUGUCUAAAAACCUGGCCAAGAAGCACGUCGACUGGCAGGAGGAAAUGGGAUGCUCUUGA